AUGCUGUGCCAUGCACCUAAUAAAUCAGCCUCCAGCACGGCCUUGAUAGAGGACCGAAGCGACGACCAUCACAACGCGCACUCUUCUACCACACAGAAAGAACGCCCGUCGCAAGCUACAGGAAGACUGGCCUGUGACAUUUGCAGAGAACGCAAGGUCCGUUGCGACCGCGGGGACCCAAAAUGUGGCCGUUGCGCUCGGCUUGGCUACGACUGUAGCUAUCAGGGACGGAAGCGACAUCGUGCAGCUCAAGCGGAUAUGCCACGCCAGUUAAGUGAACUACAGAACCGAUUAGCUCACGCAGAGGCGCUCCUGCGCAGAACUCCCUCCACAGCAUUUACUCCCACUACUGCUCGACAGAUUCCUCCCCAUGUGGACUUAUCCUGGCCGUUGAUGCCGCCUUCGGACCGGUUAGGCGACCAUGAACGACUAAUGCAGCGGCUCCAAAGCCAUGCAAUCCCUCCGACGGAUCGUACCUUUGAGGGGCUGGACAUGUUAGCGAACUUGACUGAGGAUAUUCCCGAUUUCUGGGGGGUCAUGGACCCGGCCCUGACGCCGGACGCUCUUUCACUCUUAUCAGGCGAUGCACCUCAGCUGCCAACCCCCUUCGACACGGGCUAUCUCCAUGCUGCGAGCGGUAAUCCGGUUCCUCCUGCUUUUGAAAACUCUCUAUUCUCAACGCAUGAUCUAGAAGAGUCAAUUUUACCGUCCGAACUCGCCGCCUUACACCAGAAGUACUUUGAAAUUUUCUAUCCGGUUUUUCCAAUCCUUAAUCAAUCGCGAUUUCGCCGAGAAUGGGCCCAGGAUCCAGCCUCCCCCCGAAUCCGUGGAUUAAGUUACGCUGUGGCCCUGAUCGGCUCGAUGAUUGCGCCAGAAUACGCCCAUCUACAGUCACCUUGUUACAGUAAUGCCCGCAAAUACAUCGAGCUCUGCGAGCGCGACGAUGAUGAUGUGAACAUUAUGAGCUUGAAUACAUUUCAAGCGUUACUAUUCGUUAUUCGCUACGAGCUAACGAAAGAGUGCUUUGUUCGCGCAUGGAUGACUCUCGCCCGUGCUGUUACGCUUGCUCAAAUCCUCAACCUGCACCACAUUGAUGACGUGGAUGCGACUCGAGAUCAAGGCAAUAGGUCCCAAAAGAAUGCCAUAGAGACAGGGUACUUUCUCAAUAUUCGCGAUCCAGCCUCAAUAGAGGAAAUCCGACGUUCCUUCUGGUCUUUAUACAUCUUCGAGAGUUAUGGGAGCGUUCGGACCGACCGACCUUGCACUCUAGAAGAGGAUACCUUGUGUAUCUAUCUCCCAUCUCCGGGUGAGCUUGAAGAAAGCUUUCUGCCUAGCCCGAUGCCCUUUAUUAGCGAAUCGACAAAACUUACUGGGGUUGGGUACCUGACCUCCUACGCUGCGGUGACCAUCAUGGUCAAGCUUGCCCGUCUCUGCUUCAAACACGUGAGUAUUCUCUCUUGCAGUGCCAGCGACUCGGGCUUCUGGGAUCGACAUUACCGUCUGGUUAAGACGAUAAAUGACUAUACUGCCAUAUUCCAACGAUACUUAACUGCGAAGGCUGUCCGGGAAGACCCGUUGGCCUUUUCGCUGCACCUUAAUCUCUGUGCAACACAUAUUAGUCUUCACGAGGCAGCGAUACGCAAGGUUGAAGAGCAAGACCUGCCAAAGCUUAUUGCAGCUGAAAGUCGGAAGUGCAGUGCCGCCGCGGCAUUUAAGAUUCUUGGAGCUAUUCGCAUGAACUGGCCCGUGCAAAGGUCAGAGCGCGACCAUUUCACCCUUCAAGCGACGUUUAUUGGCUGGCCUAUUUCCAUGAGCCUGAUCGCCCUAAGCCGCAGUCUAGCCGAUGGCGACACCACUCCGAUCGGCAUAGUGGACUCUCUGCGCCUGCUACGUACUGCUCUCGGUCAGGUAGAGGAACCUGAUGGGUAUUGGCACCAAGCUAGCGGUGGUGCGGUGACUGCUUUGGCGAAAUGGGACGAGGAACAGCGCGAGUCCCGUUCCAUUGAAUGA